ACUUCCAUCUGUGAAAGGAGAAGUCAGAAGAGGGAAUCUUCUGCAGUCCCGAGGUUCCCCUUCUGCGGAUGGCCACUGCCUGUCGGAGCUCCCUGCCGGGACAGACGGGCCAGUCCAGGCGCCAGACGGCCCAAGAAUAGGACCAGCCCAGGCCCCGGAGAUGCUGCUGCUGCUUCUGCCCCUGCUGUGGGCAGGGUCCCUGCAGCAGGGUCCAGGCUACAAGCUGCAAGCGCCUGCACUGGUGAGGGUGCAGGAGGGUCUGUGCAUCCACGUGCCCUGCACGGUGUCCUACCCCUCUGUUGGCUGGAAUGACUCUACCCCAGUUCGUGGAUACUGGUUUCAGAAGAGGGAUAAAACCAAAAAAGAUGUUCUUGUUGCCACAAACAACCAAGCUAAGAAAGUAAGGAAGGACAAGGCCCUCUUCUACCUCUCUGGGGAUCUCGGGGCCGGCAACUGCUCCCUGAGCAUCGCAGACGCCCACCCGGGAGACAGGGGGAAGUACUAUUUCCACCUGGAGAGAGGGAACGUGAACCACACUUACCGAAAUAACCUGCUCACUGUGGCCGUGGAAGAGCUGACACAGAGCCCUGACAUCCACGUCGAGGAGCCCCUGGAGUCCGGCUGCCCCAGCCGCCUCAUGUGCUCCAUGCCGGGCGCCUGUGCCGGGGCCCGGGCCCACACCGUCUCCUGGGCCGGGGCUGCCCUGCGCCCCCCGGGGCUGGGCCUGCCGGCCUAUAACUCCUCGGAGAUCCGGCUCACCCCCCGCCCGCAGGACCACGGCACCAACCUCACCUGUCGGGUCACCGUCCACAGGGCUAUAAGCAGGGAGAAGACCAUCAGGCUCAACGUGUCCUAUGCUCCACAGAGCCUGACCGUCAGCGCCUGGCGAGGAGACCACACAGGACUGGAACCCGUGGGGAACGGCUCAUCUCUUCUGGUGAGGGAAGGGGACCCUCUCCGCCUGCUCUGUGUCGCCGACAGCAACCCUCCGGCCACACUGAGCUGGGCCCAGGACGGCCAGACCCUGAGCCCCUCACAGCCCUGGAAGCCGGGGGUCCUAGAGCUGUUCCGGGUGGAGCCCAGACACGAGGGUGAAUUCACCUGCAGAGCUCAGCACCGGAGGGGCUCCCUGCUCAGCUCCCUGCGUCUCUGGGUGCAGAGUGAGCCACAGCUGCUGGGACCCUCCUGCUCCUGGGAGGACCAGGGUCUGACCUGCAGCUGCUCUUCCCGAGCCCAGCCGGCCCCCUCCCUGCGCUGGAAGCUGGGGGAGGAGCUGCUGGAGGGGAACCGCAGCGAGGCCUCCUACACGGUCACCUCCCGCUCUGCAGGGCCCUGGACCAACAGCUCCCUGAGCCUCAGCAGGGGGCUCAGCGCCGACCUCAGACUCAGCUGCGAGGCCAGGAAUGACCACGGGGCCCAGAGCGCCGCUGUCCUGCUGCUGCCAGGUCAGGGCCUCUCGGGGCAGAGGCUCAGGGAGAGAGGAAUGGGGAAGCCCUUUCUUAGGGAAACAUUUGUUCUGGGGGCCGUCGGGGGAGCUGGUGUCGCUGGCCUGCUCAUUCUCUGUCUCUGCUGCAUCUCCUUCAGGCUGCUGAGAGGUCGCAGUCUCCCCUCCAGAGUGAAGUCCUGCAGGAAGGACGCACCUGAGGCUGUGGCUGGUGACAAGGAUGCCCCCUGCACGCCGGGGCCCAUCUCCCAGUUAGAGAGUAAUAUAAUUGACUACGACCUUAGUGUCCGCUUCCCCCACUGCAAGCUGGGCCACCAGUAUGAAUGUCUGCCAGGCAGCCUAGACCAUCCACCUGGAGCUGCGGCCGCCCCCACCUCAGGGGAGGAGCUGGAACUCCAUUACGCCUCCCUCAGCUUCCAGGGGCUGAGGCCCGGGGAACCUCCAGACCAGGAGGCCACCAGCACCGAGUAUGCAGAGAUCAAGAUCCGCGAAUGA